AUGGCAACUGGAAGGCCCCCCUCCUGUACAGGAACAUGGAGUGGCUGCAGGGUGGCCACAGCUGUCAGCGAGUCAUCGUCCAUACACAGUGAUGCCCUGUUCGAUCCGGGGCCUGGUACUCCUGAUCUGGGUCUGGUUUGGGACAUCUCUCUGGGCUCUACAGGUCCUGUUCUGGACCGGAACAUCUCUCUGGGCUCUACAGGUCCUGGUCGGAACAUCUCUCUGGGCUCUACAGGUCCUGGUCUGGACAUCUCUCUGGGCUCUACAGGUCCUUGUCGGGACAUCUCUCUGGGCUCUACAGGUCCUGGUCGGAACAUCUCUCUGGGCUCUACAGGUCCUGGUCUGGGUCAGAACAUCUCUCUGGGCUCCACAGGUCCUGGUCGGAACAUCUCUCUGGGCUCUACAGGUCCUGGUCUGGACCGGAACAUCUCUCUGGGCUCUACAGGUCCUGGUCGGGACAUCUCCCUGGGCUCUACGGGUCCUGGUCUGGGUCGGGACAUCUCUCUGGGCUCUACAGGUCCUGGUCGGGACAUCUCCCUGGGCUCUACAGGUCCUGGUCUGGGUCGGGACAUCUCCCUGGGCUCUACAGGUCCUGGUCUGGGUCGGGACAUAGACUCCCUACAGGAGCUGACACAUACACGCUACAGAAUGCAUCAAUACGCCAGCCAAGACAAGAUUCCUGGAGGGGGUGUUGGACUGGCGGCCCCCCAGGAUGGCCAAAGUUCUUGUCAGUUCUUCUCAGAUGGCCGGAGGAAGGUGGACUAUGUUCUGGUGUUCUACCAACGCAAACAGAUCUCUGUGAGGGGUGGCGACCGGCUGCACCGUCUCUCUGCCCCUCCACACCCCCCUCAUCGCCUCUCUGUCAUCUCCAAUGGUAGCUCCCCCCUCUCCGGCCCUGUGGGGGGUGUAGGGCAGGGAGGUUUGGGAUGUGCAGCCGGGCAGCGGAGUGCGGGAGACGGGGAGGUGUGUGUGGACCUGGCGGUGGAGGUGGAAUUAGAGGCGGACCCAGCUGAAGGAGAGAUGGUGCUGAUCAGGGAGGAGUUUGAGGCCAGGCUACUGGAGGCGGGGCUUGAGAUGGAGAGAGACACCGAGGUCAGGGUCUACGGGCCCAGCUUCACGAGACUCCAUGUCCCCUGGCAGGUCCUGAGCAGAGAGGCAGAGUUCCUCAAGAUCAAAGUCCCCACUAAGAAGAGCUAUGAUCUGAAGCAGGAGAAUGGGUUCAGUGCCAGCCUCAGUGAGUUCUGGAGGAAGGUGAACCAGCCGUUCCAACCCAACAUCCCCCAGCUAGGCCACAGCACCACCAAGCAGCUCUCACACUGCUUCUCCAGGGACAAACUACACUUAUUUAACAUCACCUCUAAAGACACAUUCUUUGACAACGCAACACGCAGUCGAAUAGUGUACGAGAUCCUGAGACGCACCGCCUGCACACGCACCAGCCAGUCCAUGGGCAUCACCACAUUAAUAGCUAAAGGUGUCUAUGAUUCAGCCUUCCCUCUCCAUGAUGGGGAUUAUAAGGUCGUGGGUCACUCAGAGAGGAAUGACAGACAGCUGCUGCAUGAUGAGUGGGCCAGAUAUGGAGCCUUCUACAAAUACCAACCUGUGGACCUCAUCAGGAAGUACUUUGGGGAAAAGAUCGGUCUGUACUUCGCCUGGCUGGGCGUCUACACUCAGCUGCUCAUACCAGCCUCUAUGGUUGGGAUUAUUGUCUUCUGCUACGGCUGUUACACUGUGGAUAUGGACGUACCCAGCCUGGAGAUGUGUGAUAAGCAGCAGAACUUCACUAUGUGUCCUCUGUGUGACGGAGUGUGUGACUACUGGCACCUGUCCACUGCCUGUGGCACCGCCCGCGCAUCCCACCUGUUCGACAACCCUGCCACCGUCUUCUUCGCUAUCUUCAUGUCCCUCUGGGUUGCGACGUUCCUGGAGCACUGGAAGCGUCGUCAGAUCAGUUUGAACCACAGCUGGGACCUCACAGGACUAGAGGAAGAGGAGGACCACCCGAGGCCCAAGUAUGAAACCGUCCUGCUCGAGAAGAGACAGAUGAUGAGGAACAAGGAGAAGAAGAAUGAGAAAAAGAAGAAGAAGAAGAAGAUUGAGCCUGUGCAGCGGGAGGAGGACGUGGCGGCAGGGAAAGACAGGUGGAGACAGAAGUUACUGUCUGCUAUGAACACUGGGACAUCGACAGGUGUGGAGAAGCUGACCUGGAGGGACCGUCUGCCUGGAUACCUCAUCAACAUCUCCUCCAUCCUCUUUAUGUUUGGGCUGACGUUCUCUGCGGUUUUCGGUGUGAUCGUGUAUCGUAUCGUCGUUUCCGCUCUAAUGGCGAUGUCACCUGACCCGGAGACCAAGUCUAACGUGCGUGUCACCGUCACGGCAACCGCUGUCAUCAUCAACCUGGUGGUCAUUCUGAUACUGGAUGAGAUCUACGGAGCUGUGGCCGUCUGGCUCACUGAGCUGGAGAUUCCAAGGACAGAGAGUAACUUUGAGCAGCAUCUGAUUCUGAAGGCUUUUCUACUGAAGUUCAUGAACGCCUACGCCCCCAUAUUCUAUGUAGCUUUCUUUAAGGGACGGUUUGCAGGCAGGCCGGGAGACUACGUCUAUGUUUUUAAUGACUACCGGAUGGAGGAGUGUGCCCCUGGAGGUUGUUUAAUAGAGUUAUGUAUUCAGCUCAGCAUCAUCAUGGUGGGGAAACAACUCAUUCAGAACAAUGUCUUUGAGAUCGGCAUCCCUAAGUUGAAGAAGUUAAUCCGAGCAUGGAAGGGUAAGGGGAUUUCAUUGGAGGAGAGAGAGGAGCAGCGUGCCAGACCUCCUCAACAGUGGAACCUCGACUACACCCUGGUCCCCUUUGAAGGACUGACCCCCGAGUACAUGGAGAUGAUUAUCCAGUUUGGUUUUGUUUCUCUGUUUGUCGCAUCGUUCCCUCUGGCUCCUCUCUUCGCUCUUCUCAACAACGUGAUCGAGAUCCGCCUCGAUGCCAAGAAGUUUGUCACCGAGCUGCGACGACCGGACGCUGUCCAAGCCAAAGACAUCGGAAUCUGGUACAACAUCCUGAGUGGAAUGGGAAAGUUCUCUGUCAUUAUAAACGCGUUUGUGAUCUCGUUUACCUCAGACUUCAUUCCCAGGCUGGUGUACCAGUACAUGUACAGUCAGACGGGCACCAUGCACGGCUUCAUAGACCACACCCUCUCUCACUUCAACGUGUCCAACUUCAGACCCGGCAACGCCCCCACCUCCUCAUACCUCCCUGAGACCACCGUCUGCAGGUAUAAGGACUACAGAGAGCCUCCAUGGUCAGCUGAAGCCUACCAGUUCUCUAAAACCUACUGGGCCGUCCUUGCUGCCAGACUGGCCUUCGUUAUCCUGUUCCAGAACCUGGUGAUGUUCCUGAGCCUGCUGGUUGCCUGGGUGAUCCCAGACGUACCGAAGAACAUCAGUGAGCAGCUGAAGAGAGAGAAGACUCUGCUGGUGGACGUGUUCCUCCGGGAGGAGAAGGAGAAGUUCCACCUCCUCCAGAGCCUCUUCUCCUCCAAGGACCAGCCCAGCCAGGGUCACCCCGACACGGCCCACUUCCGUACUCUACCCCUAGGCCUCUCUCAAGGCCUAGGCCAGCCCCUGGGCGGAGAGGGAGGGGAAUCCCGGGCGAGAUGCAGGGCUGCCAGUUUCAGCCAGUUCACCAGACAGAUGUCCAUGUCUCCUAGCAACAACGCAGGCCGACAGAUGUCCAUGUCUCCUAGGAACGACGCCGCCCGACACACAGCGGUCUGACACGCUACUGUAGCGGUUCGUUACAAACGUUCUUUAACCCCACAGGAGAAGUUCAGACACUAGUGUGGCAGCUACAUGGAGUCUGAAUGCUCCUCUGAGACCUCGCACCCAUGUAGACUUGGUGUUCUCUUUCUGAAGCAGUGUGAUGAUGGAACAUACUGAUCAUGGACUUGUUCUUCUGGCCGGAUAAUCUAAUCUGCAUGAUGAGAAGUGACUGUAUAGUUCCCUUAAGGAAAAACACCUUCAGCCUGACGGUCUUCUCUGAGAGAGCUUCUCAUGUCUGGAACACACAUGGAGCUGCUGUUUACGGUACCUUCACCAAUAACCUAAAGACAUGGCUAACGGACAGUCAGGUGUGUCAACACCAUCCCCCAGCUGUGUAGACCUGCUUUCCAUGCUGUCUGCUAUACAGUGUAGGCUCUUUUUCUGUCAUGCUGUUUGGUUGCUUUUUGUGUUGUUGCUUUCUGUCUGUCUGUGUUAAAUGUUACAGGUCAUAUGUGUCUCUGUCUGUCUGUGUUACUGGUCAUAUGUUGCUCUGUCUGUGUUACUGGUCAUAUGUUGGUCUGUCUGUGUCUCUGUCUGUCUGUGUGUUACAGGUCAUAUGUUGCUCUGUCUGUCUGUCUGUGUCUCUGUCUGUCUGUGUGUUACUGGUCAUAUGUUGCUCUGUCUGUGUUACUGGUCAUAUGUUGCUCUGUCUGUGUUACUGGUCAUAUGUUGCUCUGUCUGUGUUACUGGUCAUAUGUUGCGCUGUCUGUGUCACUGGUUAUAUGUUGCUCUGUCUGUCUGUCUGUCUGUCUGGCUGUGUCUCUAUCUGUCUGUGUGUUACAGGUCAUAUGUUGCUCUGUCUGUCUGUCUGUCUGUCUGGCUGUGUCUCUGUCUGUGUUACUGGUUAUAUGUUGCUCUGUCUGUCUGUCUGUCUGGCUGUGUCUCUAUCUGUCUGUGUGUUACAGGUCAUAUGUUGCUCUGUCUCUGUUACUGGUUAUAUGUUGCUCUGUCUGUCUGUCUGUUACUGGUUAUAUGUUGGUCUGUCUGUGUUACUGGUUAUAUGUUGGUCUGUCUGUGUCUCUGUCUGUCUGUUUGUUACAGGUCAUAUGUUGCUCUGUCUGUCUGUCUGUCUGUUACUGGUUAUAUGUUGCUCUGGGUAAUGUAUAGAAUAUCAAGGUCCAGAGUAUAUAACUGGGUAAUGUACAUGUUGAGGUUCAGAGUGUAUAACUGGGUAAUGUAUAGAAUAUCAAGGUUCAGAGUGUAUAACUGGGUAAUGUACAUGUUGAGGUCCAGAGUGUAUAACUGGGUAAUGUACAUGUUGAGGUUCAGAGUGUAUAACUGGGUAAUGUACAUGUUGAGGUUAAGAGUAUAUAACUGGGUAAUGUACAUGUUGAGGUCCAGAGUGUAUAACUGGGUAAUGUACAUGUUGAGGUUCAGAGUGUAUAACUGGGUAAUGUAUAGAAUAUCAAGGUCCAGGGUGUAUAACUGGGUAAUGUACAUGUUGAGGUUAAGAGUGUAUAACUGGGUAAUGUACAUGUUGAGGUUCAGAGUGUAUAACUGGGUAAUGUACAUGUUGAGGUCCAGAGUGUAUAACUGGGUAAUGUACAUGUUGAGGUUCAGAGUGUAUAACUGGGUAAUGUACAUGUUGAGGUUAAGAGUAUAUAACUGGGUAAUGUACAUGUUGAGGUCCAGAGUGUAUAACUGGGUAAUGUACAUGUUGAGGUUCAGAGUGUAUAACUGGGUAAUGUAUAGAAUAUCAAGGUCCAGGGUGUAUAACUGGGUAAUGUACAUGUUGAGGUUAAGAGUGUAUAACUGGGUAAUGUACAUGUUGAGGUUCAGAGUGUAUAACUGGGUAAUGUACAUGUUGAGGUUCAGAGUGUAUAACUGGGUAAUGUACAUGUUGGGGUUCAGAGUGUAUAACUGGGUAAUGUACAUGUUGAGGUUCAGAGUGUAUAACUGGGUAAUGUACAUGUUGAUAUCCAGAGUGUAUAACUGGGUAAUGUACAUGUUGAGAUCCAGAGUGUAUAACUGGGUAAUGUACAUGUUGAGGUUCAGAGUGUAUAACUGGGUAAUGUACAUGUUGAGGUUCAGAGUGUAUAACUGGGUAAUGUACAUGUUGAGGUUCAGAGUGUAUAACUGGGUAAUGUACAUGUUGAGGUUCAGAGUGUAUAACUGGGUAAUGUACAUGUUGAGGUCCAGAGUGUAUAACUGGGUAAUGUACAUGUUGAGGUCCAGAGUGUAUAACUGGGUAAUGUACAUGUUGAGGUUCAGAGUGUAUAACUGGGUAAUGUACAUGUUGAGGUUCAGAGUAUAUAACUGGGUAAUGUACAUGUUGAUAUCCAGAGUGUAUAACUGGGUAAUGUACAUGUUGAGGUUCAGAGUGUAUAACUGGGUAAUGUACAUGUUGAGGUUCAGAGUGUAUAACUGGGUAAUGUACAUGUUGAGGUUCAGAGUGUAUAACUGGGUAAUGUACAUGUUGAGGUUCAGAGUAUAUAACUGGGUAAUGUACAUGUUGAGGUUCAGAGUAUAUAACUGGGUAAUGUACAUGUUGAGGUUCAGAGUAUAUAACUGGGUAAUGUACAUGUUGAGGUUCAGAGUAUAUAACUGGGUAAUGUACAUGUUGAGGUCCAGAGUGUAUAACUGGGUAAUGUACAUGUUGAGGUCCAGAGUGUAUAACUGGGUAAUGUACAUGUUGAGGUUCAGAGUAUAUAACUGGGUAAUGUACAUGUUGAGGUUCAGAGUGUAUAACUGGGUAAUGUACAUGUUGAGGUUCAGAGUGUAUAACUGGGUAAUGUACAUGUUGAGGUG